AUGGUAAUGUCAGAUGGCACAUCGUUUUCUUCAGGGCAGAGCCUUCAUCUCCCCAGCCUUCCCAGUAACUCUCUGUCUUUUUCUGAUGUGAAGAAGAAAUCAUCUCAUGGGCCAAAGGACCCAGCAAGGAUUCUGAACAUAAAUAGCAGCAGCAGUAGUAACAGUUUUUCAAAGACCCAGAAGUUAACAAAGGAGCACAAAGAAAAAAAUUCUAAAGACUCAAAAGAACAAAAAAGUGCCUUCAAAGAACCUUCCAGGGAACAUAACAAAUCUUCCAAAGAAUCCUUUAAGAAACCCAAAGAAAACAAACCACUUAGAGAUGAAAAAAUUGUUCCUAAGAUGGCCUUCAAGGAACCCAAGCCCAUGUCCAAGGAACCAAAAUCUGAAAAUACUCCUAUCCUUACCAUAAUGUGUGGGCAGCAGCAAGAAAAGAAGACUCUCACAAAAAGGCCCUCUGUGCUGGACACUGAUGAAUCUUCUGCAAGGAAAAGAAAAAAGCCCAGCUCGGAUUCAUUAUUUAAAAGUUUUCCUAGUGCCCCACCACUGAUUCUUACUUGUUCAGCUGACAAAAAACAGACAAAAGAUAAAUCUCAGCUCAAGGUGGGGAGAGUCAAAGUUGAAACUGAUGCACUGGAAAGGAAGACGCCUACUCUGCCACCCUUUGAUGAUAUUGUAGAUCCCAGUGAUUCUGACAUGGAGGAAAACGUGUCCUCCAAAUCUGACUCUGAACAGCCCAGUCCUGCCAGUUCCAGCUCCAGUUCCAGUUCCAGUUUUACACCAUCUCAAAACAACAGACAACAAGGUCCAUUGAGGACUAUAAUGAAAGAUCUGCAUUCAGAUGAUAAUGAAGAUGAAUCAGAUGAAGCAGAUGACAAGGACAAUGACUCUGAGUUGGAACAACCUGUAAAUAUACGAGGAGGAGGCAGGAGUCGCAGGGUUAGUCUGAGUGAUGGCAGUGACAGUGAUAGCAGCUCAGCUUCCUCACCGCUGCGUCAUGAUCCAGCACCAUCUGUACUGAAAACCAGCAACAGCCAGAUUUUAGAAGUGAAAAGUCCAAUAAAGCAAAACAAAACAGAUAAACAAAUGAAGAAUGGGGAUUGUGAUAAGGCAUAUCUUGAUGAACUAGUAGAGCUCCACAGAAGAUUAAUGACAUUGAGAGAGAGACAUGUACUGCAGCAGAUAGUAAAUCUUAUAGAAGAAACUGGACACUUUCAUAUCACAAAUACAACCUUUGACUUUGAUCUUUGUUCACUGGACAAAACCACAGUCCGUAAACUACAGAGUUAUCUGGAAACAUCUGGAACCUCCUGAGGAUUCAGCAUAUGGCUGUGUCAAAAACUGUUCUUUAAAUGAUGUAUGCAGAAUGAUGCGACCAAAAUGGAGGGGAAAAAACCAAAAACCUCUUCAGCUUUUUUUUUUUCCUUAAAGCCAGUCUCUUGAUAAGGGAGAGCAAAAGUGACCAGACUCAGAGGACCACUCUUCUCAAGAAGAAAAUGCUCUGGAAGAGUUUGCCUGGGUAGCCUUGAAAAACAAACACAGAAAAACAAACAAAAAUACUUGUUCUUAAUGAAUGUGUAUGAUAUCAUGUAUCUCUCUCUGUGGUGUUCAAGUCCACAAGAUGAAUGCAUGUUCAACACACUGCCUUACUACAUAACUGAUCUAUUUAUUAUUGCAUACAUGUAUCUUAAAGUCAAUGAGUCACUGAGUGACACUACCAGAUAUUGCAAGUAGUGGGGUCCCUUGUGUGCUAUUUUGAUGCAGUACUUUCACAAGCCUAGUAACCUUAUUCACAUUGAAAUGCCACUUCUUGCUAUCUUUCUUUAGUCAAUUAAAACACUACAGUCUUGAUUCCACCUCUGCAGUUCUGGGAAACAAGAUACAAACGUGGCGACCAAGCAGUGGUCCUGUAUUUCAUUUCCUGUCUACCACAGUAGGGUGGACUGCAAGUCCUUGAUUCUAUCCACUUACUGAUAUUGACUGGUUAAAAAGUGCACCAAAUAGGUUCAUAUGACUUGCUGUCUAGCCUCAGUGAAUAAAUCAAUAAGACUUUUAACAAAAAAUGCUAUGUAUACUGUCCUGAAUCUGGCAACUCUUGCAGUCUACAUUUUUGUGUCCAUUUAAAUGUUGCAAAAUUAAAUAUAUAUUAGAGUGAAGGUGUUCUGCAGGAGCUCAUGAUAAAAGAAAAAGUACUGGUCCUGUCUUUAAAGAACAUGUUGUAGAAAAUUCUUAAUUUGGAGCUAUUUAUUACUUUGAGUUUCAACACUCUUCUGCUGUGUGUGACUCACUUCUACCAUAAAACUUUUUGCAUAACACUUUUGUUCGUUCAUAUAGUAAAUGAUCUGCUUAGUUUGUUUUGGGGAUUUUUUUCUGAUUUAGUUGGUUUUUUUACAACUGCUAAAUUAAAACCUUUUGUUUGAAAAGAAGAAAAAAUGUUGUUAUACACUUAAAUGAAUACAUGAAAUAAAAUACAUGUAUGAUAUCAUCUGUA